GAAGAAAACUACAUCCAACAGCCUCAAAGGCCAACAAAAGACUGUUUUUUUCAUCUAAUUUCACGCUUAUAGAUCUAACGAUAUCUCGAAUAUUGCAUUUUGUCAACUAUCGAAUCCUAAAACGAUGUGUAACUACACCGUCUACAUACUUUAUGACGAGAACGUGCAGAAUACACGCUCCAAACAAGACAGACAUCUGUGAAACAAAAGAAAAUUCUGUAUGUCAACGAUCAUUGUAGUAAAUACAAAGUAGUAGUAUACUUUUAACAAAAUAAUGAUUCAACGAACAUUAUCGAGUAAAACGAUAUAUCUGACUCGUUUGUUAACCUGGUGCCGUACAAACAAGUUCUCUGAUUCUACCACUACAAAGGACGGCGAUGGUCCACCGAACACAAACGAAUCACAGAACGAAUCUUUUGCGAAUGAUUUCGAGACGACACCCACGGGUGAAGAGAAUGUUGCUCGCCUAUUAAAAGAAUCCGCCACUUAUAGUGAUGCCAAAGAUAAGAACUGGUCAACAAGUCCUUAUCCUGCUGGUGUUCCACCUUCUGUUGAGGAUGGAAAUCUUGUGAAACCAAGUAUCGAUCCAUUGGAUACUUGCGUCAUACUUUUUCCUGGACAGGGUACCCUCAAAGUUGGCUUGGUGAAUAAGUAUCUGCACUUUCCACAAGCAAAAGAAUUAUUUUACAUAGCCAAUGAGAUUCUCAACUACAAUCUGCUGGACUUAUGUCUGAAAGGUCCCCAAAAGAAGCUGGAUGAGACUCGUUUCAAUCAGCCAGCUACAGUAGUGGCCUCAUUAGCUGCACUAGAGCAACUGCGUGAAGAGAGACCCCGAGUAUUUGAGACUUGCAAAGCUGUUGCUGGCUACAGUGUAGGAGAAUUGACUUCCUUAAUCUUCUCAGGUGUAUUAUCCUUUGAGGAUGGUAUCAGGUUGGUGUCUGUUAGAGGUACCGCUAUGGAGUAUGCAUCUCAUAAAACACCUCAAGGAAUGAUGUCAGUUUUUUGUACUCCAGAAGCUAAAGUACACGAGGCUUGCAGGGAUGCGAUAAAGUGGGCACGGGACAUAGGUGUAGACAAUCCAAUUUGUCAGGUGGCAAUUUAUUUGUAUACUCAGUCAAAGAUAUUGGCUGGACAUAAGGAAACUCUCGAAUAUAUAGAAAAGAAUGCAAAAAAGUAUGGGCUGAUAAAUUUGACCAAGUUGCCAGUGUCGGGAGCAUUCCACACGAAACUGAUGGAACCUGCGCUCAAGUCCUUUUGCAAAAUGUUCAACACGUUGGAAAUAGAUGAGCCUCGGUGUCAAGUUUAUUCAAAUUACAAAGGACAUAUGUAUGGCAAUAUACGAUUAAUUAGGAAGUAUUUACCAAAACAAAUAGUCUCACCCGUUAAAUGGGAGCAGACUAUUCAAUGCAUGUACAACAGACCUGCAGGAAUGGCCUAUCCACGAACGUUCGAUGUAGGUUCAGGAGGAAGAAUGAAAACGAUUUUAAAACUGAUUAACACGAAGGCACAUGAGCAAUGCAUAGCCGUCUGAUCUUCCAUGUGUAUAUCUUUCGACGAUACAGAAAAAAAGCGUUACAUUUGAUAAUAGCAUAAUUUUGUAUAUAUGCGAUGAAUUUUAUUGUUAUAUUUAGCAUGUGCGAAAUAAAGACAAUUGAAUUUA